CCGCAUCCGCAGUGCCGCUAUUCUUUGCCGAACUUUCGCGGUGCUCUGAGCACUUGCAGGGGACUGAAGAUGAUUGCAUGAGGGCGCACAGCUACCCACCAGAUACAUGUGACCGGUGAGAUCCAAGAAAAGAACAUCAUCGUGGCCGUCCGCCUUCCCUUCUCAAGUACAAUCUCGAUAGCUGAUGCCCAACUACUUUUCACCAUGGCUACCUCCUUCAAGAUCAUCAUCGCGGGAGGCGGUCUCGCCGGGGCGCUACUCGCAAACGGCUUGAUGAAUCACGGCGUAGACGUAACCGUAUACGAACGAGACGCAGAUGAUGCUAAGAGAGAGGGAUAUCAGAUUCGAUUGGGUGAGAGCGCCAUGACAGGUUUCAAGGCCUGUCUCAAGCCAGCUGAAAUUGCGACUAUCAAGUCGCAGUUCAGUCAAAUGUCCUCGACAGGCCUCACGGCACCGGCCUUAAUGAAUACGAGAUUCCAGACUCUGCUUGACUUGGGCCAACUCCCAUCCUACAGUGCGUCUUCCGCCAUCAAUCGUGUUGUGCUCCGAGAUGUUCUCAUUGCUCCUUUACAGGAGAGGGGCAUCAUCCGAUUCGGAAAGGCAUUUGAAGGAUACGAAGUUGUCAAAAGCGACGAUGGGCAGGAAAGUGUGAGAGUUCAUUUCGCCGACGACACUACGGAUGUUUGUGAUGUUCUUAUUGGCGCAGAUGGCAGCGGAUCAAGGAUCAACAAGCAAGUCGGAGCUCGCAAUAUUGUACCAAUUGACAGCCAUGCCAUGAUUCUCAGCAAAGGCCCUUUGCCCGAAGACUGGACGGAGAAGUUGCCUUCACGUCUGACCAAAAGUCCACUUAUUACAUUUGCCGGCGGUGUUUCCAUGUUCUAUGCGUUAUUUCUACCCACCGCGGACGAGACGACCCAGAAAGCCGAGAAUGGCGCAAGAUAUAGCACGAAGGAUGCGUCUUAUUACUGGGGUCUUAUGAUUCCCAAAGACAGAAUGCCGACCGAUGACUGGAACAAGGUGGAGGAUUCCAUGAAGAUUUGUCUUGACGCGACCAAAGACUGGGCACCUGACCGAACAAUGUUGACAACAGGUUUCGACGACACGAGCAAGGGCCAUAUUACUGUAGCACGCAUGCGAGCAAGCAAGAGACUUCCGAAAACAUGGCGGAAGAACGUCAGACAAACAACCGGUGACGAGGGACAUCCUCGGGUCUGGCUGAUAGGGGAUGCAAUGCAUGCAAUGCAGCCUAAUAGGGGAAUGGGAGGGAACCAAGCCUUCCAUGAUUGCGCCGACGCCUUACCUCAACUACUCGCACUCAAGAAGAAAGCUGAUUCGGGCAUCGGGCCAUCGACACUGGACAUCAGCGUAGCGUGCAGUCAGUACGAGAGCAGAGUGAUCGAUCGAGCUUUCCCAUGGGUGAGCAAGAGCGGAGGAACCAGUGUCCCAAUGAUCAACUUGGACGGGUGGCUUGGAUGUUUGGUCUGGAUGAUUGGAUCGUUCUUGGUGUCGGGAUACGUCCUUAUGUCCCGAGUCUUGAGGUCCGGGGUAAGGCCUUGAGGUGGGAGGGUUCGAUGCGACGCAGCGACAUCAGUCCGACGCUGGAGUUGAAAUGUAGCA